AUGGCCUGGGACUCCUUGUGCAGCGGGGACUUACGGCGCCCCAAGAUAAGAAGCACCUCAAGGUGGACGCCUGGCAGUCAGAGCAGUGCUGGGACACCGUCCCUGGAGGAGCUGCGGCGCCUGCUCUGCACACGCUCAUCCCCCACGGGGCACGUGGAUGAAGUCUGGCCAAACCUCUAUGUGGGAGACCUGUAUGUUGCUCGUGACAAAGCCCAGCUGAGCCGAAUGGGCAUCUCCCACGUGGUGAACGCCGCUGCCGGGCGAUUCCGUAUCAACACUGGACCCACCUUCUAUAAUGACUUGCCUGUGCACUACUACGGAGUAGAAGCAGAGGACAACCCAAACUUUGAUCUCAGCAUUCACUUCUACCCAGUUGCUCAGUACAUCAGAGAAGCACUGAAUUCCCCAAGAGGCAAAGUACUGGUUCACUGUGCGAUGGGAGUCAGUCGAUCUGCAACUCUUGUCCUCGCUUUCCUAAUGAUCUGUGAAGACAUGUCCCUCGCCGACGCAAUUCGGACUGUGCGCUCACACAGAGGGAUCUGCCCCAACUCCGGCUUCCUCAAGCAGCUUCAGGAGUUGGACCUCCAGUUAGGAAGGGGGACAGGCAGAGGAGCAGAGGCCUGCUAGCACCAAGAAGGCAUGUCUCCUGACACCAGACCAAGAGAUGCUGCCCUCACUGA